ACCAAGCAGGCCUUGCACAUAGCUUCCCAAUACCCCAAAAGAAAUUCUUUGCAUUAGAAAUUGAAGAACUUAAUUUAAUUUAGCUAUCAAAAUGCAUCCCUGGUGGAGUCUGCUGCUGAUUAUGAAGUUCGUCUGGGCCAUCAAUACGCCCAGUUCGCCGCCCAUGCUGAUAUGGGGCAUAGAUACGCCCCAGCCACAGAGCAUCUUUCAAUACAUGAAAACCUUCGACUUGGUCAGGAUGCUGAGGCCGAUCCAAAGGGAAUACAUGAUUGUUGUCUACUUGGCAUCGGAGCUGACUGCCAAGGAUAUCAACUGCCCCUCGUGCUUUCCGCAAAUGAGCCAGAUACUGCCCGUGCGGUACUACAGUCAGGUGGAGAAGCCGCUGCGAGCCUUGGACCACAUCAGUCGCGGAGCGGUUAGUCCCGGUCUGGUGUGGCACACGCUGCCCAUGGAUGGCUCAGAGAUUGAUUUGGGGCAGGAGAUUCGCUGCGAGAUCGGCCAGAUACACGGCUUUAACUUCGGGGAUCGCAGUCUGACGGCUCAUGAUGCCACAAUAGCCGCCGUGCUGGAGGUGCUCAAGGGCUGCCGCGUCAUCCACAUCUACACGGCCCUGGAGGAGGAAUACCGAGCUCUGAGGCGUCGUCGGUUCUACAGCAUGUCCGGCAAGCGGCACAGCCACACGGAGGGCUCGAAUGUCAUCUUUACGGGGGAUGUUGGCCUGAGGGCCGAUCCCACGAACCUCACCAUUCUGCGGCACGAGCUGGCCAUUGUCGGCGUGCAGAAGAUCAUCCAGGCCAUGGAGAUGAAGGUGGGCCACGAGGUGCGCUACAAUCGCACCUACGUCCGGCUGAGAACGGGCAACGACAGCCUGCAGAUGGGUCUGGUGGGUGUGCAGACGGUGAAGAAGGGCUUCGUCGUUGUCAUGAACACCCACAUGGGCUACCUAAUGAUGGAGAUCCUGCCAGUGGGCGGCAGCUGGCUCAUCACACGCAUUGUGUUCAACAGCAACACGACGUACUAUCCGCGGGACAUGAUAUUCUUCAGCUUCGGGCACAGUCUGUGCUGUCAGUCCAUUACCGCCUACUCGGACGAAGGCUGGCGCCUGACACUCUACUCCUUUCACCUGGAUGUUAUGCUCACGGCAUCUGACUCGGGCUUCAAUCCGGACUACGUGCCGAAGCCCUGCUGGCACUGCGACAUAUACAUCAGUGCGGUGCUCUCGCAGAGCAUCUUCACGCUGGGCAUCCUGUUCUUUGUGCUGUGCGUGGGUCUGAUUAUGCUCUGGGACAUUGGCCGCAAUAGGUUCGUGCAGAAUGUCAACGAUCCGGAUCUGCACAUCAAAACGGACUCCUAGACGGACUCCGGGUACUGUGGUGGCGCCCCUCGGCUGCACAUUCUAUGCUCUCCACACACUACACUCUGCACACACUCUCCACUCUACACACACACACACACACAGAUUCUGCCUAAUUCACUUGCUUACAAAUCUAAUCAUAGUGCGGGGCAUCGCCAUUGUGUGGGUGGCGGAGGGGGGAGCGACACUGGUCAGUGGAUCGUAAUACUAAUAAUAAUGUCAUUGUCGCGUUCUGUUAUUGUGCCGUAGUUUUCUAUUGUCAUUGUUAUUGCUAUGGGCCACAGGCCACCCGCCAAAAGUCUCCACAAGAAAGUGCGAAGGAGAAGCAGCCUGCCGAAAGACAAAGACAACAACAA